AUGCCUGAGCUUGAAGGCGCCACCGUGAGGGUUCUAACGGGAGACCGACCUGAUGACCAUGCAGCAAGAGAAUAUGAGGACAACGAGCAAACAGACGAUCCAGAACAGCCCAGACAUAUUGUCCGAUACAUCGAUAUUGAGUCAGGCACUCCAUUCUGCUUCAAGAUUCAUAUCCAUCGCAAGUUCUCCUGGCAGGGCGCGGACGCAAUUGAAGCUGCGGCGUACUUAGACGGGAAAUUUGCUCGAGUUAUCCUUUUUGGCAAGCCGACUUUCGAUCCCAAGAAGCAUUUCUCGUUCAGCAGUCACCUUGACGGCUCCUGGUCCGGUGUUGGUCAUGCUGCGAAACAUCAUCGAUGGGUCUUUGCUGAUCUCGAGACCAGAGACAAGACUGCUUCCGAUGACACUGCAACGUGGAAGAACAAGUACGGCGACCUGGGCAAGUUGACCGUCAAGCUGUACCGAUGUCAGAAAAUAGGAGCUCAGCAAGAGACCACUCACAACUAUUUUGCUGUUGGACAACAAACAGACCUAGUGCCCGAAAAGGCUCUGAAGGGUCGACCAUUAGACGCUACGACUUCGUUCAUGGCUGGUACUGCUGGAGUUGGGCCACGCACCCAAGACAGACGUAGGCUAGAUCACCAUCCGUUCGCUACAUUCGACUUUCUCUACCGCACACGCCGCGCACUCCAGGCUCUCUUGAUAAUCGAACGCUCUCCGACGCCUGUACCGCUCGAAGAGCGCGAUCCGGAGACACUGACACGGCAGGAGCUCCUCCAACUGGAACGACAACGACGGGCGGCUGAAGCUCUGAAGAAAGAGCGCGGUUCCGUCAAGCGCGAGCGAGACGGCAAUGACUCGCCCAGCCCGACCCACCUCAAAUCGAUCAAAGGUGCCGAUGGUCAGAAAAUCUACUUGCUCGAUUCCGACGACGAAGAUACCGACGACGAUGGCCUUGAGGUGAUCAGUGCUCCCAAGAAAGAGGCGCCGGAAGUCGUGGAUCUCCUCGACUAA